UUGAUGAUAGCUGAUCCAUGAAGAGGUUUGCAUACUCAAGAUCUUGAAGAUCAGCAGCUUUUGGAUUGCUGAACUAAUGAAGAUAUGUAUGCCUGGGAAGUUAAGAAAAUACUAGAUCUCUUUUUUUCCUGGUCUCAAUUCAUUGUGAGCUGACAUCUUAGCCUUACAAGGACAACUCCAUGGGAAGCUCAAGCAAAAGAACGGUAGGAUGGGAACUUAAUAAUCCUUCAGCUUGUCACCCUUCACAUUUUCCUUUCACCACAUGUGGUUGUUAGAUUGAUGAUUUUUAUGUUCAUAAAGCUUCUUUACUUACUUGGUAAUACUAGACAGAAUGUACACCGCUUGUUUACUUACUUGGUAAUACUAGACAGAAUGUACACCACAUCAAUCUCGUAGACCAUAGUAAUAUGAUUCAAGUUCGAGGGGGUUAGGAGAUUGACUAGCUUUCUUUAUUGUUUUAAUCCACACCGUCUGCGCACGUGUAUGUGUGUGAGAAACUAAACUACCAGCUUCUGGCCACUGGCGUCCAAAAGCACCACUCUUGGCUGCCUAGCUAAAAGAGGAGCUGAGGUUGGGUUUAGGAAACAUCUAGAAAUGGGAUACCCCUACUUAACAAGGCAUGAAGUCUUACCUCCAAGCAUGCUUGCGUCAAAGAACCACUUAAUUAGUCUCCAUGGCAAGCGGGAGAAUGUGAAAACAAACUUUUAUGUUGCCGACGAUUAGCCAGUUUGUUUUGAGACUCUUAAACCAUGUCAAAUAAGUUUUGAGAGUUGAGACUUUUUUUUAGUUUAAUUAAGUACAACCUUGCCUUAUUGUUCACCCGUAGAUAAUCUUUUUCCUCAAAUGCUCCAUUGCCAACGAAUGUGAGAUUGAGAAGCUCUGUCUCCUUAGCUACUACUCCUUAAUAACUGGAGAAAAACAGUAACCUGGCUUCACCAUUGUUAAACAGAAAAAGAUUGAGCACCAGGCAGGGUACGUGCACCAGGCAGGGUACGUGUAAAGCAACACAGUUCUAUAGGGCUGUCAAUUGAUUGGAUUGGAUUUGUUCAAUUACAAAUCUGAAUUUAGAAUCAUUUGAUCACAUAUUGGAAAGGAAAAGGGAUCCUAUAAUGGAAUCUGGGUUUUCGUUAAGCCAACUCCGGGUACCAUCUGAUUGGAUGGUAUCCUAUUUAGUCCAACUCGGUAAAGCAUGGAUCCGACCCGUGACCCAACCGUUUAAAUCUCUAUACUAAGACCCGGUUCGUGGAUCCAAAAUCCGAUAUGAUAUGCGGCCCUAAAUUCUAAUUCCCUCUUUUGUUCCCCUCCAAAACCAAAAACCCCCAAACUUUUCAAAAUUCGAAGUGAGAAGCCCCUCCGCGAACCAGAGCAGAGAUGAAGAAGAGAAGGUCGAGAAAGAUGGCGGAGAGAGAGGGCGGUAAUGAUGAUGAUGAGGAGGAGGAGGAGGAGGAGCAGCUGCUGCAGCGGGAGGGAGCAGUAUCAUCUUCGAGCCCUACCGGUCGAGUUUCGAAUUAUUCGGAGGGGCUCGACGCAGAAGACAGUGAUCUCGGAUGCUUGGAGGAAGAGGUGAGGGAAAUGGGGGAGAGGAUCCUCAGCUACAGGCGGACAGUGCCAGAGCAGCUUAAGGUGGCGAUUGGGUCAUUCCUCGUUACCUCCCGUCCGGAUCUGACACGAUUUGGUGGUGGUGCGGAUGAUGUCGCUAUGGAAGGAGCAGAAUCAACAGAGCCUGAAAGAUCCAGUAACGAGGCUUCACUGUCAACGGGUGAUCAAGAAACUUCCGAGAAGUUAAGCCUCAUCAAAACCAGGAUCUCUAGAAAUAUCUCCUCAAUUCCGAUUAUUUUGACUAGGUUGAAAACAUGCAUUGAAAGAAUAGACAAGCUUGAGGGGUACAAGCUUGAGACGCACAUUGCAUUCAAAAGGAGAAGAAGGAAUGAAGCAAGCUGAGAUAAUGCUUAUUAGCUUGUUUGAUGCUCUCCUUCAGCUUCUGCCUGUACCAUAUUAUGUCCUCAUAUCCUGUACACUAUCCAUGUCCUGAACAGAUGGUUUUGGGGGAUAAGAUUUGAGUGACCUGGUCUAAUGAAAAUGUUGCUUAUAAUUGGUCAAUGCCGGAGAUGGUGCUCAGUGCCAGACCAGCUUAACUUGUGUUCCUCCCUGAUUCAGGAGUUCAGUGCAACUGUACUUUAAAUGUUGGUCCUACUAAAGAGGGUACAUCGCUAUUUGAUGUUGUCUAUUUAUUUUAUGGGAAUUGAGCCGAAAUGGGUAUGCUUUGUAAAAGGUUGAUCACCUGAUCAGUGAUCACGGUUUUGUAUCCUUUCAUCUUGUUUCAAAUGCAGUUUAUUUACCUA